UACCUUUUUCUGUCAUGUUUGCUAAUGGAGUUCAAUUUUCUUUUUUCCGUAAUGGGUGAUUUUCAAUUUUGUGGGGAAAAACUCCUGUGAUUUAUGUUUUUAGUGAAUGUUGUCAAGUUCAGGAUUAGUCCCAUUCCAUGUUAGUUUACGGUAUUCUAUGUAUGAAUUAAUACGGAAAGGUUAUCGAGAAUGAGAGACAAUGGAGAAUUAUGUAGGAAAUUAAUGUCUACUUCUUUUGUCCAUUAUGAUCUGUGUUUUUGUGUUUACAUCACCGAAAUACGUAUUUUGUUAUUUGGGUAUUCUUCCUUAUAGCGUUUUUUUUCGGAUGAUAGUAUUAUGUUUGAAUUGAUUCACAUUUUUUAAUGGUUUUGAUUUAUUUUGUUAACUUUUUAGGAAAGAUUUUUAAUAGGAAUUUGUCGAAAAUUAUUGGAUGCCGCCAUUUUUCGAUUACAGUUCUAACUGAUAAAGUGUAGUCUCUAUACGGAUCAAUGAAUGAAAUUGCUUGAAAUUUGGAAAUAUGAAAUAUCAUGGACUAGUCGGACUACCAUUAAACGGAAUUUGAGAGGUUGGAUUUCAGGGUAGGCCGGGGAAGUUGACCAUUGUAACAUAAUUCACUAGCUAAUUUGAUUUUUAAUUUUUAAGUUUGUGAUUUGUUUGAAUUUUCCCAAGAAUAGCCAAAAACGAUCCUAAUUUGUUCUUUUUCAAUUCGUUAUUUGCGAGGAGAUUAGCGAAUGGCGUGACACUACUGCGGACAAAGUGGUGUCCCCUGAACCGAGACAAGACCCUAUUCUCAACAUCGCUGUAUAAAGUUAUUUUAGAAAUAAUAAGAGUAUAGAAUGGUUGUUAUUGUCGUUGCUUUGGGGUUGUAGUAGGUUUGGCUAUGUCUAUGACUUAUUACGGCCUUAUUACGGCCUUUUGGCAGGUGGUAUUAAACGGUGGUAAUGGAAAUGAAAAUCAGUGUAAUUUUGGUUGAAAAUAUCUUGGCUACCAUGAUGGUCAUGCUUGUCCAACUCUAAUCAUCUCAUUUUCUUCAUAAAAUUCACAUGAUUAUGGAAAUUUGUAAACAAAAGACUGUUUAAGAUCAAAGUUACUUUUGAUAAAAUUUUAUGGUUAAAAUAAUUUUCAUUACCACUAUUUAGUACCACUAACCAAACGGGCCGUUAGUGUAUAGUAUUUGUGACUAGUUUAUCUGUUUUGCUCACAGUGCAAGUAUCCUAAAAGCCAGCACAUAGAUGCUUCAUAAUUUGUUUUGAAUCUUAUGAUGAAGGUAACAUAGGGAAUUAACUUCGCUCAUAUUGAAGAACCUUGUAGUAAGACAUUUUUUUACACUAACACCCAGAUGAUACUUUUGUCAAGAAGUGAAGAAUUGGGUGUGGAAGAUGUGCAACCAUCAUCUUCUUGGUGUGUGGGUCUAGCCAGUCUACUAGCACGAGAAAUGACAGCAUACAGGGAACUCUAUGGACCGGCCAUCAUCAUUGCGGGAUUUUUUGCAUUGUUUGCAUCUGUUCUCUCCCUCAUUCUGAUUUUUAAACAUUUGAGAUUGUAUACUAAUCCUGCGGAGCAAAAAUGGAUUGUUGGUGUUCUUUUCAUGGUUCCUAUCUAUGCCACUGAGUCGAUCAUAUCCUUGUCCAAUCCUAAGACUUCCCUGGCUUGCGACAUUUUGAGAAACUGCUAUGAAGCAUUUGCCUUGUAUGCUUUUGGGAGCUAUCUUAUUGCCUGUCUCGGUGGAGAAGAUAAAGUUUUAGAACUUUUGGGGAAUAACUCUAGAAAAUCACUUGACGAGCCACUGCUGGAAGGAGACACAGAAGAAGAGUCGCUUUGGAAAACAUGUCGAAACUUCUUUCGACAGCCAAGUGCUCUCGGAGAAAAAUUGUUUUCCAUAAUCAAAUUUGGUCUGGUGCAGUAUAUGAUUCUGAAGACAGUUUGUGCAUUCCUAGCUUUUAUUCUGGAGAUUUGUGGUGUAUAUGGUGAUGGCCAAUUCAAGUGGUAUUAUGGGUACCCAUAUAUUACAGUGGUAUUGAACUUCAGCCAAAUGUGGGCAUUGUAUUGUCUAGUUCAGUUUUAUAAUGUGACUCAUGAAAGACUCAAACCUAUUAGGCCACUGGCAAAAUUCAUCAGCUUCAAGGCUAUUGUUUUUGCUACAUGGUGGCAAGGGGUGGGAAUCGCACUCCUGUGUACCCUCAAAGUGUUUCCUAAAGGAAAAAUUCAGACUGGUUUACAAGAUUUUUUGAUCUGCAUAGAAAUGGCAAUUGCUGCUAUAGCCCAUAUCUUUGUCUUCUCUACAAAACCCUAUAAUUUUGUGACAGUUACUGAGUACGGAAGAAUUAGUACUCAAACUGAGAAAAAAAUCGUUAGCAUAAAGGAGGAAGGCAAAGAGAAAGGACCAGCUAUGAUUGAGAAGACUGAAACUGAGAUCAAAGCUCCCGGAACUAGCAUCACUGAAAGUGUUCAAGACAUCGUCAUGGAGGGUGGUCAUCAGGUUGUUGAGGACGUAAAACUGACUAUAAAUCAGGCGAUAGAGCCUGUCGAGAAGGGUGUUGAGAAAGGAGUAACGAAAAUCCAGGACAGCUUCCAUCAAAUAACGGUGGGUUCUGAUGGCAAGCAGGAGUCUGAUAUGGAGAUCGAAGAACAUGUCGAGAAUGAAAAAUCGGGUGAUGAGGUUUGUGUGGCAUCUGAGAAGCUGAGAGUUGCCAAAACUGUGAAUGAAACUUCUAAUAGUUGAGAUAGAUAGCUACUUUAAAUAGUUAGAUGGAUCUCUUUCCUAAUUUUGGAGGUAUGGAUCUGCAUUCUGUAGUAGUAUUACUAAAGAUUCAUUUUCAUUUUUAGGUAUCAGCCAACAUUAUUGUUGGAACAAUAACAUUAAAGAGUUUUGUUGGAGUAUGGUUUGGAGUUUCUCUACAAUUUGUUAGGCAUUACUAUAACUAGAAUUGUUUAAAGAACAGUCGAACUGAAUUUUUACCCGCAAAGUGAUUGUAACCCGAGCAUGAACUUUUGAAAAGUAACUCAAAUUGAGUUAUACGAACCAACAUGAUGUUUUACCGCCCUGAACGAUAACCUGAAAGGUUGGCUAUCUAAAACAAUAGAUUACCGAAUCCCUUGAAAGAUAUGGAUUGACUAGUUUGAGAUAUUUGAU